AUGGAUAGUGAUAAACAUAAAUCGAUAGAUGGAAGUGAUGAAAGUGAUUCGGAAAUCAUACGUAAAUGUGAAUUAGAACUAAGCCAAAUUAAGGAUCGAAGAAUCACUCGUGAAUCUGAAAUGGAACAUGCAAACGCUGGGUUCACAACUCGAAAGCCUGAAGUGAGAUCGGAGAAGAGAAAAGCAUGUGAAGAAGAUACAAACAGCGAAGAUGGUUAUGUGACAGUUGAAAAAAGAAGACCGAAACGUCUCUUAAGAAGUAUUUCAACAGGACAGGGUCAAAAUACAACAUCGAAAGAAAUCGGAUCUAAAUAUGAGGUUUGUGUUACAUCAUUUAAAGAAUUACCAAAGCAAAUGGCGUUAGCUAAAGUAUUAAGAACAAAUCCCCCACGCUCAGAGGACGCCCCGGCGCCGCUGCUGAGUAGCGCCUCGCUGCAGGACAUCAUGGCCACCGCGGCUUCACACCGCAGGAACAAAGGUGUGAGCCGGCAGGACUCGCGGCUGUCGGUGAAAUCUUUGAUCGAGAGCAUCGAGAACGCGGCCAAGGCGGCCAAGCAGGCACCAGCCGCGCCCCCCGCAGACUGGCCGCAGCCGGCGAGUGGCAGUGGCAGCAACGGUGGCGGCGGCGAGCCGACUGCCACGGCCGCCCCCCCGCCGCGGCCCGCGCGCACCCCGCCCGCGCCCGCAGUAUGUGUUGGUGAGAAUGCAAAGGGUCGCGUGGGUUUAUGCGUGGUGUGGUACCGGUGGGGGGUGGGGGUGGGCGCGGGCGAGUGCGGUGCUAACGUGGCGCGUGGUGCAGAGGCGGCCACCAACGUGCCCGACGAGGAGCGCGCGCUGGCCAGCCUGCAACAGAAGGCCAUGGAGUCCUUCGUGCGCCGCAACAGCUACGGCGACAUAUGUGAAAGAAAAGAUCCUCUUAAUGCGUUGCAAGUGAAGAACGGCGGCUCCAAGCGCAACGCGUUGCUCAAGUGGUGUCAGCAGAAGACUAUGGGCUACAAUAACAUCGACAUCACCAACUUCAGCUCGUCGUGGAACGACGGCCUGGCGCUGUGCGCACUGCUGCACUCGUACGUGGGCGAAGCGCGCGUGCCGUACGCGUCGCUGUCGCAGCACGACAAGCGCACCAACUUCGCUCUCGCCUUCGCCGCUGCCGAGGCCGCCGGCAUCCCCACCACGCUGAACAUUCAAGACAUGAUCCAGCAGGAGAGACCUGACUGGCAGCAGGUGAUGGCGUACGUCACUAGCAUCUAUAAACACUUCGAGACUUAA